CUGGAGAGUGGUGGAGUCAGAAUUUGAAUCCAGGUUUAAAGAAUCCAGUGCCGGCACUCUGCACCUAUUUCGCUCUAGACACUCAUUUCCCCUAAGGAUCAGAGAAACUCAAAAUAGGCCCCUUGUCGUCUCCGUAAGUCCGCAAGGUCCUGCCGGUUCCCAGUGAGCAGGGCACCGGCAAAUACAGUCUGCGACCGCGAGACGUAAAGGGAGGAAUGCUCCUCGGCGCCCCUCCCCAGUCUAUCCUAAAGUCAAGAACGUCCGAGCCCGCCUUUCUCCGGGGGCGGGCUGCACUAAAACAGUAAAAUCCCCCAUUCCCCAUCAGCGGUCGACUGGGGGCUCUCCCGAAGCGGCAGCUCUAUAGGACCACUCUUCUACCCCAAGAUCCCUCGGCUUCGGCCCCCUCGGUGCCAGGGUUUGCGGGGCCCCACGCUCAAAGUCUCAGGCUGGGGUCGACAACUGCAGAGAGGGUCGGGAUAGGAAAUUGCGGGUAGCGGCAGAUGCGGGUCCCCAGGCAUCCCGGAGGUUCCCACAGGUCUGCAGUGGGCCUACUUUGCGAAAAGGGCCCAGCUGCGGCGAGCCUCGUUCAAAUCAGAUGCCAGACAGUGUUUCUUCGGAUCCAUCCAAAUAGGUCCCUAAUUUCUCCUUGUGGGAGCCCUGGGCCUCCUUCCAGGCCGGAACCCAAGUGUUUAGGCAGCUGGGAAAGACCGGCCCCCUUUUUCAGUUCUCUCGCGACCUCUAGCCACUUCCGGUUGCUAACGGUUCCCAAGCAGCCCACGAAAACGCUACGUGAACUGGGCCCUGGGCCAGAGGCAGAAAACGGACGGAAGAAAAGGUCUGGCCGGGCUCCUCUACUAAUGCCUCUGGGAGACAGCUUCAUACUGCCAGCACCAGGAGGGGAGAGGAGAAGAAAGGAAGUCUUCUCUCCAUGCCCUCCUGGGGCCCAUCUUGGUGUUGUGUGUGGUGAAGGGGGGACGAAUCUGGGGUCUCAGUCGCAGCCUCCUCUUGCAGCUGCCACCUUCAUCCCCGAAAUCCUGUUCCUAACAAUCAAUAGGAACCCUGAGAAAAGUUAGAGGUGUGAAGUCUGCACAUAACCCUGGGUCACAAACUCGGUCCCGGACACCACAGGACACUCACUCACCCGGGACACACAUCCUGGCCGGAAGAUGGGCGUGUACCGGGGCUCCUGCUGCUUCCGGCCCCUCUAGGAAGAGGCUCUCCGUGGUGUUCUCGCGCACCCCGUAUUGGGAGGGAGCCGCCGCGGGGUUUAAGGGUGCAGUCGGUUCCUAGCCUAGCGGGUGGCAGCUCCCUCCAUGAUUUUGAAAUGUUGAUGCAUUAACCUUCUAGAAGGGUGCUAGGUCUCCCUCUUUCCCCCGCCACCAACUUUAGAGUUGUGGUGUACAAGCACUAUCUUUUCUGAUGUUAUAUUCCAUAGGAAUAUUUUCAGUGACAUAAUCAAGUUUAAGCGUUAAGAACUAGGGCCCUGGAAUAAAAUGCGUUAAAAUCUUGGUUCUACCACUUACUAUGUGAUCUUUAGCAAGAUAGUUAACUUCAUUACUGCUGAGUUUUCUCACCUAUAAAAUGUGAAAAAUAAUAACCGUUACAGAAUGAAGUAGGACAUACUAGUACAGUGCCUGUAAAAAACUGUGGGCUCAACAUUACCUUAAAAAACAAACCAAAUAUUGUGUUACUUAGAUCCUGUCAGGACAUUUUUAAAGUCAUUGAAAGUAAAUGCUAUCUCUUACAAAGCC